AUGGCCGGAGUCGGGACUGCCUCUGGCCGGAAGCAAAAGAAAGACCUAGCCCGGAAAGCAUCGGCUCGAGAGCCUUCGGAUCGGGUGUGUUUGGUGUGCCAGGAUGUGAUCCUCAAGCACACUUGUAUUCAUUAUGGUGGGCUGUCAUGCUAUAGUUGCCGAGCCUUCUUUCGGAGGGCCAAUCAAGAGUCCAAGAAGGCUGUGUUUGAGUGUAAAUAUGAUCGGGACUGUGAGAUCACGGUGAAAACCCGUCGCAAGUGCCAACGAUGUCGUUACGAUCUGUGCCUAAAGGCCGGGAUGAAACCGGAAAAUGUUCUCACUCCGGAUCAGAAAGUAGUCCGAUUCCGGAAGAAACGACAAAAGCAAACCAAGGUGGUGCCUAGUCCAGCCCGAUCCAGCCCGGAAACCUCUUCGGAAGCUCUCAUAGUGCCCAAGAAGGAAAGAUUGACCAUUCUUGAGCCCAAGUCGCCGGAACGGCCCUUCACCAAUCGCUUCUUCCCCGAAGAACAGCCGACCCUCAAGAGUCAUCCGGACCUAUUGAGUCAACAGUCCAACCUCAUCAACUUCGGCCUUCCAGAUAUUGGCGACAACAUCGAGGAUCUCCUCUCCAACAUGAGCAGUGAAGGCGACUCGAACAGUCAGGACCCGUCGGACACCUUUCCCGGCGUGCACCUGGAACCCUUGCCUCAGCCAGUGAUCCAACGCGUGAUCCAACCCGUGGGCCAGUCAGUGAUUCGUCCCAAUGCCCAAUCUGUGGUCGGAUUAGCUCCGGCUGAUCCUCAUUUCAUCAAUACUCCUCACCUCACCCUACCUUUGGACUCGGACAAUGGCGGCCUCGGAGGUGGACCCAGUCCGUCCCCUUCGCCUGUUGCCACGAAUACCCAAGUGGACUGGUUCAAUCACCACGUGGUUGAGCAGAAACAUUGUGAAGUGAACUAUUUAGUUAACCUCCUGAACCACUCAGGCGGGGUAGAGCACUAG